AUGUUAUUCUCUCGUUGGUUCCAAAUACACGACACAGGAGGCUCCCACGCAUCCAAGGCGGGCGGAGGCGGGGGCUCAAGAAAUACAGCAGCCGCGGGAGGCGGCGGCGGCGGCGGCGGGGGUGGCGGCGGGGCGGGCGGGGCGGGGGCGGCGUGGAGGGGGGACUUGGCGGGCAAAUCGAAGUCGAGCAAGGCGAUAGCGGCUCCCGCUCUGCCGUCUCUUGCAAAGCCAGGAGGCUCAGGCACUCGAGCCCCGCAAACGCAGAGCCGGGAUGCAUUGGGUGGCGGUGGAGGUGGCGGCGAGGGGGGCGGGGGUAUGCUUGGUGCGGUGUGCAUGUUGAUGGUGAGGCUGCUGUCCUGCGGGCGGCGUGGGGCCAAGCUGGCGCCGAUGGACGUGACGCUGGACGAGGAGACCGAGGAGCUCGUGGAGCUUCUUCAAGUCUCGAAGGCCCACCUCGCCAAGCUCCGAGGGAUCUUCGAGAGCAUCGACGUCGCCAAGACCGGGACCGUCUUCUGUUACGAGGUGUUGUCGGCGGUGGACAUGGCGCAGUCUCCCUUUACGGACAACCUCUUCCGAUUGGUCGGGGUUCAUCCGGAGGGGUCUCUGUCGUUUUGCCAGCUCUGUCGGAUCUUGAUGACGUACUGCGUCUUCUCCAAGGAGGACAUCUUGCUCUUCUUGUUUCGGCAGUACGACACGGACAAUAGCGGAGCCAUCGACGAGAGAGAGUUUCGCGAGCUGGCCAAGACGGUCAACAACGCCUCGCCGAUGUUUCCGGGAAAUUUCGCCAAGGCCCUGCUCGACUUUGAUACCAACUCGGACGGCCAGAUCGAUUUUGAGGAGUUCCGGGCGAUGGACAAAGCGUUCCCCUUGCUCUUUUUCCCGGCGUUCAGGCUUCAGGAUUCCCUGCAAAAGUUCUUCCUAGGUGACGGAGUGGGAGGAAGAGUUUUUUUGUUGUCUACUCGUCUCAUUUGA